GUCACCAGCCUGCCUGGCUAUGGCAGGAACUCUGUUCUGAAGCAGCAGCAGCACUGCUUACCGCUAACGAGGACCGGAAUACGAGCAAGGGUCAGAGGGAGAGAGGGCGAGAGAGGCUCAGGCAGAGAGACCGAGAGCAAGAGAGAGGGAAAGCUCGGAGAGGGAGAAGAGGGUGGGGAAACGAAGGGAAACGAAUGAGUCUUUGGAACGGCAGCUGCGAAACUCGCCGAAAUUCGGUACGCUGUCGUUGUCGUCCCCCGUUCGCUUUCAAACGCGUAAAAUUCGCUCCUCUUUUCGCCACUGAAGCGCCUCGGAGGAGCGAGCAUGGAUCUACCUGCCGUUGGAGAGCACGUCUUCGCGGUGGAGGGCAUCGAGAAGAAGCGCGUACGGAAGGGCAGAAUCGAGUAUCUGGUGAAGUGGAGAGGGUGGUCCCCAAAAUAUAACACAUGGGAACCUGAGGAAAACAUCCUCGACCCUCGUCUUCUUGUAGCUUUCCAAAACAGAGAGAGACAAGAGCAGCAAAUGGGAUAUCGCAAAAGGGGGCCUAAGCCCAAACACCUCCUUAUCCAGCUACCUGCAUUUGCACGGAGGUCAAGCAGCAUCCUUGCUGGUCUUCAGGAGACAUCGCUAGAUGAUGAGAACCAGCUCAAAAUGGAUUGUCUCCAGAUGCACCGUUCCCAACCUCAGCAAUACCAGCUCAACAGCAAGAAACACCACCAGUACCAGCCCAACAGCAAGGAGAUACCAGCAGAACCACACAUUAAUGGCAAGAAAAAACACUUCUACCAGCUAAACAGCAAAAAGCAUCAUCACUAUCAGCCAGACCCCAAGAUGUAUGACCAGCAACCCACAAAACCAAAAGAGGUCAAAGGGCAUGACCCAUCUAUUAAAGGAUGGAACCUCCCUCCAGCCUUGCAACAGAAAUGGGCACGUGACAAAGACAAUGGCUGCUUAAAUAAAGUUAACGAUCUGGCUGUGGAGCACAAACAGUUACCUGCUACUGUUAACAAAGAGCAGCAGGCACUGAAGACCAGCUUAAAGGAGCCUUCACUUCCCAAUGGUAUCAGCAGUAAGAUGAAGAUAAUCAGAAAUAAAAACAAAAAUGGACGAAUUGUCAUUGUCAUGAGCAAGUACAUGGACAACGGAGUCCAGUCGUCCAAAGUAAAAAAUGGGGAUUUGUCUGGAAUGGAGAAACCGCACUUAGCUGAGGAAUCUUUAAAUGGCAAUAGAGGUAAUGGCAUACCAGUCACACCAGGCCAAGAGAAUGGUGUUGCUAAAGACAAUGGUGUCUACAGUUCCUCUGCAACCAGUUCAAAUGGUCACAAAGUGCCUCACAAAAAAAUUGAUCUACCGAGAACAAAAACUGCUGUAGAUGUGGACCACAAAGCCGAUCAAAAAAUGGAUAUAAUUGAUUUAUCAGACGAUCAGCCUCUGCGACUGAGCACCAAAGCCAACUCUUCCCCUGUACCAAGUGUAUCAAGUGAGACGGACUGUGCCCGCUACCAACCUGGUCAUCGUAAACGUAAUCUGUCAGAGCCUCAUGAUGGUGGUAUUGAUUGUAAGAGGUUCAUCAGUUCCAGGAGUAUCAGCGCUCCCAAUCCUGUCUUCUCAUCCCCUCAGAGGGAACCUAUGGAUCUUCAUUGUUCUGGACAAAACACAAACACAAACAGGAGCUACAGUUACGACUUUACUGAUACCAUUCCUGAAGAACCCAUUGACUUGAGCUGUGGGCGGACUAGGCUACAGGCCGAAACUUGUGGGAACUCUGCAGAAACUCCCGUCACAGUGGAGGAGGACACCCCUCAGACAUCAGAGAAGUCAGAAGAACCAGUCAGCUAUUUUAAGCCAUUUGCCGGAAAUAUCAUUAUUACAGACGUCACCACAAACUGUUUGACUGUGACCUUUAAGGAAUAUGUCUCAAUUUAAUUGCUUGGCAUCGUUCUACUGCUGAAACUUCAUUACAUCAUGGAUAUGUAGAUAUGUAAUUAUGAGGAGAGUACUGUACAUAUGUAUCUAUAUCAUUUUUUAUGUAUAGAAAUGAAACAGAUAUUUUGUUCUUUGCAGUGUAGUUUUUAAUUUCGUUUGGAAUAUUGGAAGGCCUGUACAUGCACAGUGUAAAGUAGAUUUUGUCUAAAGAGUUUGAUAAAGCUUCACUGAAAAGCACUUACUUUUUACCCAGACCUUGCUUGCACCCUCAGUGGAAAUAAUGGAAGAUAUGUUUACUCUUAAAAUGUUCAAAAUGAACACACAUUUUAAAACUCCUCUUUCACUUCCUUUAGUUCAAAUGCAUGGUUUACAAUAUUAUAAUAUGUUCCAUCAUGCAAGCAGAUCUUGUGUCAUUUAAGGCAGACUGAUCUGAGCUCAUUUUAAUGUUGUGGUUUUCUGGGUGUUGAAGGUUGUGUUGCAGAAGUUCGCCUGUCUAUUUAAACAUUAAUGCCACAUGACAGAGAGUUUAACGGAGAGUAGUUCUGGUGGCAUUGUCCAUUUUAACAGAUGAUAUAUAGCACCAAUCUGCAGAUUGUUAUAGCCUCCAAGGUCUUUGUUGUGCAAUGAUGAAGUAGCCUCAGUCAACUUGAGCCUGAGUUUGCUUGUUUGGUAAACUCUUUACAUACCCGUUAAAUGUGUAAGCUGCACCUUUUCAUCAGAUAGAUUGCUUUGUCAUCAGAAAAGGAAGAAGACUUGUUUUACGCUGAUCAACAGGGUGUAUUUUCUUCUCUUAUGCUUCUUAUUGUGGUGAUUUUCAUGCUUAUUAACGUACUUGUUAUAUACCAUGACAUGACAUGUCAUUGGAGUUUCUUGAUCCAUUCAUCAUGACAUGCAAAUGAACAGCAUACCUGAAGUUUUGAGUCUUAAUGUUACGUCAUAUUUAAUUGUUUAGACUGCUUCUUGUCAUGCGGGCAUUUUUUAACUGUUUGCUGGUUCGGCAUGAUGUUAAUAGCAAGGGAUGACCAGUCAAUAUACUUUAUUUUAGACAAUGCAUAAUCCUGUAGCACAGGCUGCUGUAUAACUGCUGCUAAAUUGUUUUUAUUAAUUGAAUUCAUUUUAUUUCAUUAGUAAAAUAUGCUGAGUAAUAUAAUAGAUACGGUACCAAUUAGGGCUGCACAUUUUUUUAGCAUAGACAUUGCAAUGCUAGAUGAGCAACAAGCACUUGUCACAUUACAGGAUGUGCAGUGUCACUUAAGGCAAAUUAAACAGUACCAGAGGCAGAUUAUAUUUGCCCAAAAUCAGUAAUUGUACUACAUUCUUUGUUUUAGGGAGUAAACAUUCAUAUAUCAUAUGUCGAUUAAUUGACCUCUGGUAAAAUCUGGUGACAAUUCCUGUAAUUAUUUAUUAAUAUUGUAAUUAGGGCUGGACAAUAUGGCCAAAAUUUACAUUGUAAUAUGUUUUUUUGAAUUUCAAUGUUUUAAACAAUACAAUAUUUUUCCAAUAUUAACAACAAUGUAAGCUUCAGCCUGUGGUAUCCCUCAUUACGCAGGCUACAGAAACCUAAUGUGCUCUGUUCUUUCUUCUCAGCUUGUAUGAGGUGAACUUACGACAGUGCCCUGUAAUAACUGUUGGACAGAUUCUGUAAAUAAUGUGUAUUAAAAUAUCGGGAAUGAGUCUAAAAAACGUAUUACUGUUGCUAAAACAUUUUCUAUUGUGAUAUAUGUCAAUGUUAAAUUAUUGUCUGGCCUCAAUUGCAAUAUAUAUCACAGAAAUGAAAAUAUUGCAGUCACUUUUUUUUCAAAGUUGUGCAGCCCCAGCACUGAUUGUUACCAACAUAUUCAAGUGAUCCACUCUUGGUCCAUCGUAACCUAUACAAUCCCAGCUUUUAUACACAUGACAGAUUCAUACCCAUAUCCUUUAUAGACACAUUUCUGAAAGCACAAAUAAAUAAUACCAUUUGUUCUGUAACAAUAUAUAUGGUUAAACCAAAAACUAAAGCUUUGCUUAUCCAUGCAGUAGCCUAUACACAUCAUUAGUGAUAUAAUAAAGGCAAAAGCUCAAAGAUCAGUUCAGAGGGCAGUGUGUAGUCAGUUCAGUUCAUUUAGACAGUGGUCUAGCUUGGUGCCUAUAUAUGUGCCUGGGUUCGAGAUGACAGUAGACCGAGUGGUCGGCUGCUCUCUGCUUGUAAACCAUCAGAACUGUUGUUUGUUUCAGAAAUUACCCCAAUGCACUCAAUAAUGUUGGAGCUAUUGAAAGAAAAUCUUGACAAAACUCUUUAUAUGGGCAUAGAAAUAAAGGAUUAUGUUUGAGAA